AUGCACAUCAUACUACAAAGUCUAUUGAUCUUCUGUUUUAUCUAUCAAUAUAAGUGUAAUGAAACAUAUACAAGUAAAUAUGAUGGUGUUGAUCUCGAUGAAAUACUGGCCAGUGACAGAUUACUCGCAGGUUACGUUAACUGCUUAUUGGAUAAAGGACCAUGUACCCCUGAUGGGAAAGAAUUGAAAAUGAACCUUCCAGAUGCAAUUGAGAACGACUGCAAAAAAUGCACUGAUAAACAAAAAGUCGGUGCCGACAAAGUUAUGCAUUACAUAAUUGACCAUAAGCCAGAGGACUGGGAUAAGCUGGAGAACAAAUACAAUUCCGACGGUACAUACAAAUUGAAGUACUUGGUCAGUAAAGAGAAAUUAAAUGAACAUGAAAAUGUGGCUGAAGACGACGACGAAAAUGAUGAUGAAGAAAGCAAUGGACAUUCUUCGGGACAAGUCAUCAAGGAA